CGUAAGCCGAAGAUUCCUUCCGCUCCGCGUCUCCGUUGACUGGGGACAGGCAGGGCGCUGGAGCCGGGGUUAGGUGGCCUCUAGUGAGAUCCGGAGGUGAGGCGGACGACGGCCGCGAAGACGGGACCAGGGCGGCCGGGAGCGGGGCAGCAGUAGGACCCAAAGAUUCUGUAGCUACAAUGUUGUCAAGACUUUUCCGAAUGCAUGGCCUCUUUGUGGCCUCCCAUCCCUGGGAAGUCAUAGUGGGGACAGUGACGCUGACCAUCUGUAUGAUGUCCAUGAACAUGUUUACUGGGAACAAUAAGAUCUGUGGUUGGAAUUAUGAAUGUCCAAAGUUUGAAGAGGAUGUUUUGAGCAGUGACAUUAUAAUUCUGACAAUAACGCGAUGCAUAGCAAUUCUGUAUAUUUACUUCCAGUUCCAGAAUUUACGUCAACUUGGAUCAAAAUAUAUUUUGGGUAUUGCUGGCCUCUUCACAAUUUUCUCAAGUUUUGUAUUCAGUACGGUUGUCAUUCAUUUCUUAGAUAAAGAAUUGACAGGCUUGAAUGAAGCUUUGCCCUUUUUUCUACUUUUGAUUGACCUUUCCAGAGCAAGUGCACUAGCAAAGUUUGCCCUUAGUUCCAACUCACAGGAUGAAGUAAGGGAAAAUAUUGCUCGUGGAAUGGCAAUUUUAGGUCCCACAUUCACCCUUGAUGCUCUUGUAGAAUGUCUUGUGAUUGGAGUUGGUACCAUGUCAGGGGUACGUCAGCUUGAAAUUAUGUGCUGCUUUGGCUGCAUGUCAGUUCUUGCCAACUACUUUGUGUUCAUGACUUUCUUCCCAGCUUGUGUGUCCUUGGUUUUAGAGCUUUCUCGGGAAAGCCGCGAGGGUCGUCCAAUUUGGCAGCUCAGCCAUUUUGCCCGAGUUUUAGAAGAAGAAGAAAAUAAACCAAAUCCUGUUACUCAGAGGGUUAAGAUGAUUAUGUCUCUAGGCUUGGUUCUCGUUCACGCUCACAGUCGCUGGAUAGCUGAUCCUUCUCCUCAAAAUAGUACGGCAGAAAAUUCUAAGGUUUCUUUAGGAUUGGAUGAAAAUGUGUCCAAGAGAAUUGAACCAAGUGUUUCCCUCUGGCAAUUUUAUCUCUCUAAAAUGAUCAGCAUGGAUAUUGAACAAGUUAUUACCCUAAGUUUAGCUCUCCUUUUGGCUGUCAAGUAUAUCUUCUUUGAACAAGCAGAGACAGAGUCUACACUCUCAUUAAAAAACCCUAUCACAUCUCCUGUAGUAACCCAAAAGAAGGUCCCAGAUGAUUGUUGUAGACGCGACCCUAUAGUGGUCAAAAAUAACCAGAAAUUCCAUGCCAUGGAAGAGGAGACCAGGAAAAACAGAGAAACGAAAGCUGAGGUUAUAAAACCCUUAGUGGCAGAAACUGACACCUCAAAUCGAGCUACGUUUGUGGUUGGUAAUUCCUCCUUACUCAAUACUUCACUGGAACUAGAGACACAGGAACCUGAAAUUGAACUUCCCAAGGAGCCUCGGCCUAAUGAAGAAUGUCUACAGAUACUUGGGAAUGCAGAGAAAGGUGCAAAAUUCCUUAGUGAUGCUGAGAUCAUCCAAUUAGUCAAUGCUAAGCAUAUCCCAGCUUACAAAUUGGAAUCCCUGAUGGAAACCCAUGAACGAGGUGUAUCUAUUCGCCGACAGUUACUUUCCAAAAAACUUCCAGAGCCUUCUUCUCUCCAGUAUCUACCUUAUAGAGACUAUAAUUACUCCUUGGUGAUGGGAGCUUGUUGUGAGAAUGUUAUUGGGUAUAUGCCCAUUCCUGUUGGAGUGGCAGGACCUCUGUGCUUAGAUGGAAAAGAAUUUCAGGUUCCAAUGGCAACAACGGAAGGUUGCCUUGUGGCCAGCACUAACAGAGGCUGCAGAGCAAUAGGUCUUGGUGGAGGUGCCAGCAGCCGAAUCCUUGCAGAUGGGAUGACUCGGGGCCCAGUGGUACGUCUUCCUCGUGCUUCUGACUCUGCAGAAGUGAAGGCCUGGCUUGAGACGCCUGAAGGGUUCAGACUGAUAAAGGAGGCAUUUGACAGCACCAGCAGAUUUGCACGUCUACAGAAACUUCAUAUGGGUGUGGCUGGGCGCAACCUUUAUAUUCGUUUCCAGGCAAAAUCAGGUGAUGCCAUGGGAAUGAACAUGAUUUCGAAGGGUACAGAGAAAGCACUUUCGAAACUCCAUGAGUAUUUCCCUGAAAUGCAGAUCCUAGCCGUUAGUGGUAACUAUUGUACCGACAAGAAACCUGCUGCUAUAAACUGGAUAGAGGGAAGAGGAAAAUCUGUUGUUUGUGAAGCUGUCAUUCCAGCCAAGGUUGUCAGAGAAGUAUUAAAGACUACGACAGAAGCCAUGGUUGAGGUCAAUAUUAACAAGAAUCUGGUGGGCUCUGCCAUGGCUGGGAGCAUCGGGGGCUACAAUGCCCACGCGGCCAACAUCGUCACUGCCAUCUACAUCGCCUGUGGACAGGAUGCAGCACAGAAUGUUGGUAGUUCCAACUGUAUUACUUUAAUGGAAGCGAGUGGUCCCACAAAUGAAGAUUUGUAUAUCAGUUGCACCAUGCCAUCUAUAGAAAUAGGAACUGUGGGUGGAGGGACCAACCUGCUCCCCCAGCAAGCCUGUUUGCAGAUGCUAGGUGUGCAAGGAGCAUGCAGAGACAAUCCUGGGGAAAAUGCCCGGCAGCUUGCCAGAAUUGUGUGUGGUACAGUCAUGGCUGGGGAGUUGUCACUGAUGGCAGCACUGGCAGCAGGACACCUGGUCAAAAGUCACAUGACUCACAACAGGUCAAAGAUAAAUUUACAAGACCUCCAAGGAACCUGCACUAAGAAGGCUGCUUGAAUAGCCUGACUGCUCCGAACUGAAACACGGGUGUUGGGGUCUAAAGGAUGAACAUAAAAUCUGUGAAUUAAAAAGCUCAAUGCACUGUUUUGUUGAGGAUGAAUAGAUGUGAUCAGUGAGGUGACUGCUUGGUGGUUGGCUCUUUCAGAAAAGUCUGAGGUCUUUCUUUCCAUGCAGACUCCUCAGAACUGUAGACAGGUUAGUGCUUUAUGUGCUGUGCUCUUUGGAAAGACUUCAACAUGAAUGUUACGCUUUAAAGCAUCACAGGUGGUAAUCUGCAGCUCAUUUCUGAAAGGGAAUACAAGCUGGAAAAAAGUGUUUUCUUUUGAUGAAAUUAAUGUAGUUCAUGGUGAUCAGUGUGAGACUGAUCGUCCUCCCACUACCCCCACCCCGGCUAAAAAUGAAUUUUUAAAUUAUAUUGUAGCUGACGAAACUCCUGAUUUCCUAGUUAAUUUAUAAAGCCGGGAUUGUAGAAUUUUAAGAAAUAAGAGCUGAGUUUAUUUUUUGUAAACUAAUCCUUCAUUUGGUGCUGGUCUAUUUUGAUUUCUUUUGGAGUAGCCAACAUGAUUCUUCAGAAGGGGACCUCCUUUCUUCAAGGGAAAAAUUAUUAUUAUUCCCCAACUACAGAAUAAUGUGCUAAGCAGUGCUAAAUAGUUCUCUCUCAAGAAAACAAAUCACUGCAUUUAUGUCUGCAGGCUAUUUAUUCAGAGAGGCUACCUGUCAAAAUAUAAAUGUUUGUCUAGAUUGGCUGUAACAAUCUUCCAACAUAAGGCUUUAAGAAACAGGGUUUUGUGCUCUUUAUUAAAGAUACAAGAACUCCUAAUAUUGCUUAGACAAAAGUGUUUAUCAAGCACAUACAAGUCUUAUCUUUCUCAAAACUCAGAGGGUAGAAGACUCAAGUUUGAAAGAAAAGUACCAUUUCUCUAAGACAAUUAAUUUCUUUAAAAGACAUUUAAUUUACCUGAAAAGAACUCGAUAGUUUUUGUAAAGAACUGUAUCAAAUCUCAUUAUGUUGUAAUAAGACUUCUUAUGCUAGUUUAUUGAAAGUGUUCAAGAAGUAAACAGACUUGUAUACUGGUAAAAUACUCUAAGCUUAGGUCAGAGAAGAUUGUGUUCUCUCAUCGUCCAGGAAGCCCUGGCUGGCUUGUCAAGCCUAAGGAAAGUGUGAGUCCGCCUUCAGAGCUGGCAAAGGCGCCGUAUGAAUGGCCCUGGAGGAGUGUCCUUGUUCCUGUGGCCAGGAGGUUGGCGACUGAAACACACAGGCCUUGUGAUGGACCCAUCAAAGCUCUUAGCUUUCUCAGGGGGUCAGCAGAGUUUUUGAAUGUUAAUUAUUUUUAAUGUACAAGUUUUGUAUAAGUAAUAAAAAAAACUCCUUAUUUUGUAUUACAUCUGAUGCUUCAAGUGUUGGUCUCGGAGAGCUGAUGGCUCAUGUAGAAGAUGGACUUUGAAAAACAUUCCAAUAAUGCCAUGGCAGCAUGGAGAGCCUCUGAAUGAUUGUGUCUGCAGUAUUGUUGUGGAAGAUUGACUUUUUCUGUUGUCUGUAAAGUUUAAAUUGCUUCUGUUGUGACUGUUCAGCCAAUGACUUAUUUAUCUGAACUUUUCAUGGAAGUGGCAGUGAAAAGUAUGUUGAGUCUUCAUUUUGGUGACUAUAACCAAUAUCGUCAAGCUAAAUUAAUGUUUUGUACAAUAACUAAAUUGUAUACACUUUGUUAUACUUUUUUUCCAGUUCCAGUAAAUUAUGCAAAGGAAGUUAAUACUGAUAAGUGUAAGCAGUAACCUUUUGUAUGGAUUAACCCUCGGCCCGAGGCCUGGAAGCUUGUAAAGUCUGGCCAGAGUGGGAACUAUAAUUCACUCUAGAUGUCCCAUGACCAUUUAUCAUUCUCCAUUAUAUUCUACAACUCUACAACAUUAAUGGCAGGCCGGUGUUAUAUGUGCAUUAAAAUUAUGUCAGUUUGAUUAGUUCA